GCCAGCUGCGUGCAGUCGUAGGGAGCCAAGCCAACCGCGAGGAGAAAAGACUCGUCUACGUCGUCGUGUAGUCGUUACGGGACAGCCGCACCGCUAAGUGACCCCCCAAUAACAAGCAUGGCACUGUUCCGCAUUAGCAGCCGACGCUGCUUCGAUCUCCAGCGAACGUGUCAUCCCAGUAGCGUUGGAAUACGCGCGUUGUCCGACAGCUCGACAGAUCUCAAAAAAAUCCUAGUCGACAAAAUCCCAAAGGAGCAGGAGCGCAUCAAGGCCUUCCGCAAACAGCAUGGAUCCACCAAAGUUGGCGAAGUCACCGUUGACAUGAUGUACGGUGGCAUGCGAGGCAUCAAGGGCCUAGUGUGGGAGCCGUCGGUGCUGGAUCCCGAGGAGGGUAUCCGUUUCCGGGGCAAGUCGAUCCCCGAGUGCCAAAAGCUCCUGCCAAAGGCUAAGGGUGGUGCCGAGCCCCUGCCCGAGGGUCUCUUCUGGCUCCUGAUAACCGGCGAAGUGCCAAACGAGGCCCAGGUCAAGGCUAUCUCGCAGGAAUGGGCCGCUCGCAGCUCCCUGCCCUCCCACGUGACCAAGGCCCUCAACGAUUUUCCCAAGUCCCUGCAUCCGAUGUCCCAGUUCUCCGCGGCCAUCACCAUCCUGAACAGCGAGAGCGAAUUCGUCAAGGCUUACACGAACGGUGUACACAAGUCCAAGUACUGGGAGACUGUUUACGAGGACUCGAUGAACCUCAUCGCCAAGCUGCCCGUUGUCGCUGCCACCAUUUACAGAAACAUCUACAAGGGUGGCAAGGGUAUCGGCUCCGUGGACGCGGGCAAGGACUGGUCGCACAACUUCUCGACGAUGCUCGGCUACGAUAAUCCCGAGUUCAUCGAGCUGAUGCGCCUGUACCUCACCAUUCACUCUGACCACGAGGGUGGCAACGUCUCCGCCCACACGACCCACCUCGUCGGCUCGGCCCUGUCCGAUCCUUACCUGUCCUUCGCCGCGGGCAUGAACGGCCUUGCUGGACCCUUGCACGGUCUCGCCAACCAGGAGGUCCUUGUCUGGUUGCAGAAGCUUCGCCAGCAGGUUGGCGACAAUCCCAGCGACGAGAAGCUCAAGGAUUUCAUCUGGAACACGCUCAAGAGCGGCCAGGUCGUGCCGGGCUACGGACACGCUGUCCUCAGAAAGACCGACCCGAGGUACACCUGCCAACGGGAGUUUGCUCUCAAGCAUUUACCCGACGACAGCCUCUUCAAGCUCGUGUCGCAAGUCUACAAGGUGGUGCCGCCAAUUCUCCUGGAAACCGGCAAAGUCAAGAACCCAUGGCCCAACGUAGAUGCUCACUCCGGUGUUCUUCUACAGUACUACGGCAUGAAGGAGAUGAACUAUUACACCGUCUUGUUCGGUGUCUCUCGCGCACUCGGUGUCCUUGCCAAUCUCGUCUGGGCACGUGCUCUCGGUCUCCCCAUCGAGAGGCCCAAGUCCUUGAGUACCGAUCUCCUCAUGAAAGCUGUUAAGGCUUAAGCCGAUCCAGCACCAAACACACACCCACACCCACAUGCGUACACCUAAUGUAGCGAGCAGCUGCGCGUUAUAUUCUUUCGUUCUUUAUGGUACAGAGCGGGAAAAGCAAGAUUUUAUCGUCAGCCAAGAAAUGAAAACAAUAACCCGACGACCCGUUUUAGUUCGAACCGUCACCCAUUCCCACAACCCACGACUGUCAUCGUCAAUCAUUAACGUAAAUAUAGAUACACUCAAAGAGGCAUUCAUCUGACGUUAACACGUGCUUACGCAGAGAGCGGUGUUUCGGAAAGUGUUUUCACUUGCGUCCAAUGCACUCUGCCACUACUGCCGGCGCUCGACGCAAACGAAUCUAGUAAUAUUUGAUGCAAUGAGCUGGAAGAUAUAUGUUGAAAGAUUAAAGAAUAAAAUAAGGAUCGCUGAUUAAAAACAAGUGCGCCGUGCGCCAAUACUCGCUCAUUCGUAAGUUGUGCGGCAUUAAUGACGGAAUGCCACUGUUUUCGACGUUAUGUUAAAAAAAAAUGUAGUCAAAGUUUUGAAGAUAAUUUAUUACUCACUACUUUGACAAAAUAGUUAAACGUGACACAAAGCAGAAGCAUUAGCGUGCUAAAAAUCAACGAUUAACGAUUAAAUAAAAUAAAAAAUAUUGAACCAAGUAUUUUGUUAUAAGUCGGCAAUGUUGAACUUCUUUUUUUCUCUCUAAAAAAUUGACUAUAACGUUAUAACAUGUAUUGUACGUAAUUUAGAGAUGAAAAAAGAGCAUGAAAGUGUGUUAGUAAAAUUGAUGAUAAUGAAAUAGAGAGCUGAAAUGUAGAAGAAAAAAAAAAUUAAAUAUUACAAAGUCACUGUUUCAAACCAUCGUUGUGUUAAAUUGUAUCGACGAUGAGCACGAUAAAGAAAAAAAAAGUAACUGAAGAAAAAGUUACAUGCCUAGUGUGACUAGUAUUAGUCGAGCGACCCCUAUGUAAUCGCGUCACACGAUUAAAAUUAUAUUAUUAGUUGUAUAGGUUUAAAGAGACCACCGACAGUUAAACAAUUAAAUUACAAUUAAAUUAAAUUUUCAUUUUAUGAAAAGCGACAAGGUAUCAUAAAUGCAGAAGCAAUAAAGGGCAACGUUAGGUUGUAGUGCUUAUCCUAUCAAAUUCAACUGUGUUACGAACUUAGCAAUACGCGACUGCCAAUCUAUACGUUUGCCGAUGAAUAAAUAUAUUUAAUUAUUAAUAACAUAAAUUUGUAAUGUUAAAUUUUUUUCCAAAAAAUUUUAUUCUUUGACUACCUUUUUAAAUGUAUUACAAUUGUAUCUACAUCGAACCCACUUUUCGUUUUAAAAAAAAAUUUUAAAUUAACGGUGGUAGACCGAUUGAUAAUAAGUAUGAAUGAGAGUGUGCUAUGCUUUAUUUAUAAUAAAGAAAAAGUCGAAUAAAAUAGGAAACUGUUUCAAUCAAAAAA